UAUGCCAUGUCUAAGUAUUGGUAUUAACUUUUUCCCUGGAGGCAGACAGUAAGAAAAGGUAAAAAAAGAUGCAGAAAUUUAUUACCAAUAAUUAUUAUUUAACUUAAGGAAAAAAAUGAAAAAGUACGGUCUUUUGAUACAGGAAAAAUCCACCUUCCCAAUGUCUGAUAUUUCUCUUCCUCUUUCCUUUCUUCCAUCUUCCUCACCACACACGAGUAAAUCUAGGUUUUUCACAGACUGGUUACAUUUGUAAAUCUCAGAUAAUUAACAUGUUUGCAUUUAAUUUCAAACAUGCCCAUCCCUUGUUUACUUUGUAGACACAAACCUCAAAUCCCGGCAGAGAAAUUGAUCUUUUCUUGACCUAAAAUGUUCUCUUCCAGCAAGAAUUCGCACUUUCUACCGCAGAUUGAAUCAUCUAUUGACACAUCGACCUCUUUUUACUGCCUAAAUAGCAGUGAAACUUUGCUUCACCACCAUGACGAUCUGUUUUCUGGCCAUUAUAAUUUAGUAGAUAAUUUUCCAGUUCUUCAGGCCGCCAUUGACUUGCCAGUUCCUGGCGACACUGCAUUAGGUUAUCAAGAUGUUGACAGGUUAAAUAUGGAUCUUGGGACUUCUGCAAAUGCGUUUCCAAGAAGAAAAAGGACAGUAAAAAAUGACAGGCACAGCAAAAUCUUUACAGCUACUGGUCCGAGAGAUCGAAGAGUGCGGCUUUCCAUAAGUAUUGCACGUAAGUUCUUUGAUCUUCAAGACAUGCUAGGUUUCGACAAACCAAGCAAAACCCUGGAUUGGCUGCUUACAAAUUCAAAAACAGCAAUCAGGGAGCUGAUUCGCACGAAAAAAAGUACCGACAACAUUCAUUCUUCUCCUUUUGAAAGCGAGAAUAAUAAAGCUGGCGAAAAAGGGAAAUCUUUGGGGUCAAAUUUAAAGAAAAAAUCAUUCAUAAAUGCUACGAACACUAAAGAAGCAAAGAAUCCACAACAGGUUUCAACAUUACUUAUUGCAAGAGAUUCAAGGGCAAAGGCGAGAGCAAGAGCAAGGGAAAGAACAAGAGAGAAAAUGUGCAGCAAAAGGCUCAAUAUUCAAGCCAGGCAGGUUUCUGAUUUCAGCAACUCCAUUCCAAGCCAAUCAAAGCCUUCUUCUUCAAUUCUUGGUUUCCAGCAAAACCAUAUAGUUUCAAGUGAUUUGACUCCAAAUUGCAACGCAUCUUCUCCUAAUUAUGCCGCUGAGAACUGGGAUAUUGGUUACAUAGUCAGGCGAUCCAGCUUGUGAGCCAUAUUUCACCAGUAUAAU